CCCCACCCUCCGAGAACGUGAGGCCAUGUUCGAGUUCGUGGAGGAACGUUCUUGAUCGUUCUUUCCGUUCCUGGAGGCAGCAAAUCGUUGCUGCCGCUCACGCAGUUAAUACUCGAGUAUCGACUAUUCGUCUUGAACGGCAGUUUAAUUGGGAAUCGAAAGCCCUUUCCGACAUCAAAUAUGUUGCACCAUGUAAUGAGAGCUAUUGGAUCCCUCGAAAUUAGGACGUACGGAGCAAGUUACCACAGCAGUGGAAAUUAUAGGAGUGUCAAGCCGAGGCCAUCGUCUCAAUAUGGAAACCCUAACGCCAACAGAACCGGUAGACCGUUUCAAAAUCAUAGCAAGAGUAACAUCAACGGUACUGCCGGUAACUUGAAGAAACCGAAUUGGAGCUUCGAGAAUUUGAAACCCUUCAAGAAAGAUUUUUAUAUACCGCACCCGAACGUUCAGUCGCGUCACCCGCAAGAGAUAGACGUGUUUAGGCAAGAAAAUCAGAUCACUCUGAAGGGCGAGAAAAUUCCUAAUCCCAUUCAACACUUCGAGGAAGGCAACUUCCCUGAUCACGUGAUGCAAUGCAUACGGAAGCAAGGGUUCAGCGAACCGACCGCUAUUCAAGCUCAAGGAUGGCCGAUCGCUAUGUCCGGGCAGAACAUGGUGGGGAUAGCGCAGACCGGAUCUGGAAAAACUUUGGGAUACAUUUUACCCGCGAUAGUCCACAUCAGCAGUCAGCAGCCGUUGAAUCGUGGAGACGGACCGAUCGCUUUGAUUCUGGCCCCGACCAGAGAAUUGGCGCAACAGAUCCAAAAAGUUACAUACAACUUCGGCUAUGUGAGGAGUACCUGUAUCUUCGGUGGCGCACCGAAAGGAAGCCAGGCUCGCGAUUUGGAACAAGGAGUCGAGAUCUGUAUCGCUACGCCUGGACGGCUGAUCGACUUUUUGGAACGCGGUACGACCAAUUUACGUAGAUGCACGUAUCUGGUGCUGGACGAAGCGGACAGGAUGCUCGACAUGGGCUUCGAACCUCAGAUCAGAAAGAUCAUCGAACAGAUCAGACCCGACAGACAAGUGCUGAUGUGGUCUGCGACGUGGCCGAAGGAGGUUCGAAACCUCGCGGAAGAAUAUCUCGUGGAUUAUACUCAGCUGAACAUUGGGUCGUUGACGUUGUCGGCUAAUCACAACAUUCUGCAGAUCGUAGACGUUUGCGAGGAACAUGAGAAACAGUCCAAAUUGGAAAAUCUACUUCAGGAAAUUGGUAAUAUUAAUCCAGAGGGUGGGAAGACGAUAGUUUUUGUAGAGACAAAGAAAAAGGUGGAAAGUAUUACCCGAACUAUUCGUCGUUAUGGCUGGCCUGCAGUAUGUAUACACGGCGACAAGUCGCAAUUGGAAAGAGACUAUGUUCUUGCAGAAUUUAGGAAGAACAGAGACGCGAUCCUUGUAGCAACAGACGUUGCUGCACGUGGUUUAGAUGUCGACGAUGUAAAAUACGUGAUCAACUUCGAUUACCCGACUUCGUCCGAAGACUACAUUCACAGAAUCGGUAGAACCGGUCGUUCAAAUAAUUCCGGGACGAGCUAUGCGUUCUUUACGCCCCAAAACGGACGUCAAGCCAAAGGAUUGGUUAAUGUACUUAAGGAAGCCAAACAAGUUAUUAAUCCAAAGUUAAUGGAACUCGCGGACAAGACUGGAAACGACAUGUCAAGAAAUCGCUGGGGAUACGGAGGAGGAAAUUACCGCAGACGAGAUAAUGUUUUCCCCAAGUCGCAGCAUAAACGAUUCGACAAUGCGAAUUACUUCGACGCGUAGUUAAAUCAUCUCCGACUUCCGAUCACAAACUUUCUGAACGACUAACUGGGUGGAGAUCCGAAAUUGUCUUGAGACGAACGUUUUUCGUCUACGAUCAGGGAGAAAACAUCUCCAUCGAGGCUGUCGUGCCGGUUUCCGUUGGUUCUCGUGCUCGGUUAUUUUUUUAUCUUUAUUUAUGAUAUUAUUGUUCUAGUUAGCGAUAGUAUAGAAUCCAGCAAACCACGUGCGAGAAGCGUAUCUUUGGUAAAUUUCCGUUUCAGCUAAACAUAUUCCGAGGCAAAUUUUAAUUUUUUCAUUCGUCGGGGCAUAAACGAUAAAACGUAAAAAUUAUUUCGUGGGAUGUGUAAGAAUCGUCGUGCAAGAAUCGAUGAACGAUACUCGAUGAGGAGACAAUUGACAAUCCCGUUAAGUUUAACUUCGAUUCGAACGAUUCUUCUCGUUUGGUCAAACGGAAAUUUUAGUAGCAAAAUUAGUCCCUUGGAAUUGACAAUUCUGUGGCCGUCUCAGAAGUUGGGAGUUAGAUAUAAGUACCUAUAUACAUAAUAAAAUCAGUAUUCAUUCCACUUCUUUCUACCGUGACCAAUUUUAUAUACUUGGUUGCGCAGCGAAGUUACUUUUUGUUUGUCCGUGUCUGUAAAAUUGAAUGGUCGAACAUACUGAACAUUGUAAAGUCAUAAACACUCACACACGCCCACCAACAAGUACACACACACACACACAGAGACUGCUUGAAUAUCGUAUUCCAUGUCCAUGACUAAAUAUAAGUAUCUCGAUUCACCCGAAUAAAAAAAUAUAAAACGAACUCUGUCUAGUGACACGUUAUAAAGUUGUGCGAUCUUACGCACAAGUAGGAUUCAACAUUUUGCAUUCGCUCGUAGGUUUGAUUGCAUGUAACUUGUCCUUUGAAUUCUAUGUACUCUCGUGCCGUUCAAGACAGAUGAAAAGAAAUAUGUCGCACAUCAAUGUAUCACAUUUGCAGAAUAAAAGUUCGGUGUAAAUCAGGAAUCGAAAAAAGUGUUGUACCGCUACUUCUGUAGUUUAGAUACAAUGUUUUAUGCAUCGAUACUCCGAGUGUGUUACAAAAUUUAAAAUAAAGAAUCUCCGCCACUA